CGAGAAUCAACAGCGAACUCCGUCGGCUUGGUGGAAACCAGACGAGCGUCGACUUGUGCUGCGGGUAAGCACAAAUACCAGCAAUGACGUUGGAAUGGACAGUCACGCCGAGCUUCCAUUGCAUGAAUGGGUUCACCUGGGGUUUACAUUUGUGAACUGCUCUCAAGGGGACGCAUACGAUGCGUGUGCACAUAACGAACCAACUAAAAGGUGGGAUUAUUCGUAUUCUUUUUACGUCAACGGGUUACUCGACGCAGAGGUGCGUGUCCAUGAACCGGUAGCUGCGAACUCGGGUCCUUUGCAUAUUGGCAAGGGGCCGUGGACAGACGGAAUGAAAGGGUUUACCAGCAAUGUGAGAGUCUUUUCCGCUCCUAUUUCUUCAGAAGAACAUCGCAAGCUCUACUUCUCGGAGAAACAUCAGCACAAAACCUACGUGGAGUGCAGUGAAGAUUCAUACUUUAUUGACGAGAUGAAAGAACCGGCAAUGCAAAUUUCCUACUUAUCACAUUGCUUCGAGUCUGGAGAAAACAAUACCGAGGAUUUUGACAACAUGGGCGUCAGUAGCGAUGAUACUUCUCUCGCUUUCGUGGAGAUUCAAACAGCUGCGUUUGACAGAUCCGUCACAGCGUGGGGAUCAUGCAAUCCGGCGUAUCACUAUUACCACGCAGCUGUGGAAGCGGCAAACGCGUUCCAUGAGCUUGGAAAGCAGCCAUUGCACGAGAUGACACGAUUGUAUGAUUCUUUCGAGAGAGACAUCACUGUGGACAAUGGCGACGUGGAGGCGAUGGCAGCGAUGGGAGAUCUGUACUAUUGGGGUGCCCACGGAGUGCCGCGAGACCACACGCAGGCAUACAAUUACUUUAAUCGAGCAGCUGAAGCAGGAAAUGUAAACGCGCAAUCAGCUGUAGCAGGUAUGCUUUUGAAAGGAGAAGGAACUGCUCAAGACAAUGUCACGGCGAUCGAAUGGUACGAGAAAGCGUCCGAGAAGAACCAUACGCGCGCACUGAAUGGCUUAGGUUUUGUCCAUUUCCACGGUAGCGGAGGCGUUCUUGAGAACAAGACACUUGCUCUUGAACUCUUCGAACGUGCUGCAUUCAACAAAGAAGACGGCGACAGUAUCUUUAACGCGGGAUAUUGUCACGCCAAGGGGCUUGGAACAAGUGUAAACAUCAGUCGUGCCAUGGAGUUUUACCAUAUGGCAGCCAGAGAAUUUGGACACUUCGACGCCAUCUUUGAAAUGGGAAGGAUAUUACUCACUGGAGAGUCUGGAGUAGUGCCACGUAAUAGUGAACGAGCAGUGGAAUACUUGAAAGCGGCGUCUGAUGGAGGACAGUGGGGGCGUGUGGUGAGAGAGGGUUUUGAUCUGUACAGUGACGGUGAGUAUGCGCGAGCUGUUGUUGCGUACCAUGAAGCACGCGAGCUUGGGUAUUCCGUAGCGUUGAGUAAUCUGGCCUUCCUCUACGACCAGCGUCUUCUGCAACUAGGAGACGAGACAAGUGAGCGUCGAGCUCUGAAGUACUUGCUACUGACGAAUACGGAAAACGGAGACAGAGAAACUCUUGUACGGAUCGGAGACUAUCACUACUAUGGACUUGCUGGGUUGCGUAAGAGUCCAAAGACUGCGCUUCGAUGGUACAGUCGCGCAAGUGCCGAGGGUGUUGCUGUCGGAGCCUUUAAUGUCGGGCAAAUCUAA